CUUGCGUUGAGGGGGGCCGAACCGGAACGCCGUUCCUGUUGAUCCUGCAGAUAACAAUGUCAAUCAUCCUCAACAUGAGAGUGUACUUUGAAACAGCUUGAUCUCCAAGUACAGUGUUUUUGAUAAGGAUAGGCAACAUAGAAAUUGCAUGGUGGUGGCUCAAUAGAAACAAAACUCGGAAAAUAAAAUAAGAGAAAAAGUAACAGUAUUGAUUCUGUGCUAUUGGAAAGAACCUGUCAGAGAAAGCUGUUAAAUUCAACUUUAAUAUCUCAUAAAUGAGUUUUUGGAAGAAGAAAAAGAAGUCAAAAUCCCAGUAUUCAGAUGUUUCUUCUGUAGGUAGGACAAGUGAAUUUGAACUAGAUACCAACAGGAAAGAGAUGUCUCCACACCGUCAAGACCCAGACAACAGAGAAUCAAGAUCUUUGUAUGCUAAUGGUUAUGGUUCAGAUCAGUACAUGGCUGAUGGACCUCUUUAUCUAUUGGAACAUUUAGCCACUUUUUCAGUGGGCCGAGAAUUAGGAUUAGAAUCACCUAAAGAUGGACUUCGAAGAUUGCUUCAAAUGGAAAAAUCUAAUGGAAUAUGGACUCAAAAAAUGUAUUUAAAACUGGAUCAAAGAUGGAUUAUUAUAAUGGACUAUGAGAACAGGGAUGUGGUAGAAAAGUUUCCAAUAAAUCUGAUCAGUGACCCAACAUGUUUUAUCAGCAAUAAUCCAAGAGACCUGUAUAACAAUGUUCUAGUUUUCAUUGUUCGAGAAAAUUUCAAAAAGAAUUCUAAUCUCUCGGGAGAAAUGCACAUUUUCCAGUGUCCUCAGAUUUCAGCUCAGGACGUGGUGGAUGAUAUAAAAUUCUUCAUGGAUGGAAAAUGGAAACCAGAGAGUUCAUCUCAAUCUAUUCCUCCUCCUCCCAGUAUCCCUGCCCCUGAACCUCCCCCCAGUGGAAUAGUAAAGGACCAUGUUAGCCAUUUCAAUGCAGCAGCUGAAGCUGCUAUGCCUCCAGGUAAUGUUCUGUGCCUCCAAAUCUCAGG